AUGGGAUGCGGGUACUGUGGAUUCACUGGCCUGGACGAACAUCCAGAGGCCUCAAGUCCUACUGCUGGUCCUUCUUCUGUCGUAGAGGUUCCAGACUCACCCCUGCAGCCCAAGCAGGCACGCCUACUUGGAAACAAGGAGACGCCGGCUAGUACGAGUCGUACUAGCUCCAUCAACAAGGACCAGGCUAUCAAGGAUAGCAGGCCUCAUGCUGGUAGUCGCGCUACAUUCUCAACUGUUGCCAGUGACCGUACCAAGUCCAAUGAUAGUGGUGUCACAGCGUCUAAUACCAAGACUGUGAUAACACCUCGCUAUCAGUACUAUGAUCCAGCAAGCCAAUAUGAUCUGGAGCCGUUGUAUACUGGAAACCAUAUGUGGGGUUCAAUAUCAUUGAAGUUGUGGGACAAAAGACUGCCCGCGGACGGUAUCGAUCAAUAG